AUGGUGUUGUGGCGUAUACGUGCAAAUAUGGAGGAAAUCGAUGUUGGACGUCAUUACUUGGUUUAUUUCACUGGGGGGCAUCCGACAAUCUUUUCCAUUAGGUUGUACCAUGGUGGAGAGUUCACCAAAUUUCCUGGAAGAAAGUACAUCAAAGGAAAACAAACGUAUGUGGACUUACUCGACAUGGAUACUUUCUCAGUGCAUGACACUGAUGAAAUGAUGGAACAGUUAGGCUAUGUUGAUGAAGAGGCUAAUGUAAUGGACCGCACUGGAAAUGACAAUAUGGACUUAACUGUUAUUGAUAAUGGGGAUAAUAACAAGGAAGAAAAUCCAUGCGCUGAAGUUGAAAUUGGGGACAAAUUUAAGCACACAAAUGAAGUUGAAUUUAGGGAUGGUAACAAGGAUGGAGAGGAUCCAUGUGCUGAAUUUGAAAGUGAAGACAUGUUUGAGGACAUAAACAAAGAAGAAUUUGGAAGUCGGGAGAACUUUGACGAUGAUAGUGGUUAUGAAUCCAGUGAGUCCGAUGAUAUAGACUUUUAUGUUGACAAUGACAACAUCUUAGAUGAUGUAGAAGUUGACAUGAAUGAUUUCAAUGAUAACAUUGAUAUAGAUGCAGAGUGGGUUGGAAGUAUGAAUGACAAUGUGGUACAAGAAGAGAAUGAAGUUGGAGAGCUUAAUGAAGUACUAAAUAACGAGGGGACAAUACCAAAGCUGGGAAGCUUAGACAAUAGUGGGGAAGGUCAACAAGAAGUCAACAAUGAAGAUGAAGAGAAGUGCCUGUGGAGCCUCUAUGCUAGUAAAUGGAAAUGUGAUAUAAACUGGAUGGUCAAAUAUUACAACAAAGAACAUCGUUGUCUCCAAACUCAUAAUGUUAAAGCUUGUACUUAUAAAUUUCUCGCCAAAAAUAUUGCAACUCAAGUGGAAUCUAACCCAACUAUUCCAAUUCGUGCUUUACAAGAACAACUGCAAUGUGAUUACCAAGUGGGACUUUCCAAGAUGAAAGUGUUUAGGGAUAGAACUGAAGCUCUCAAUCGGGUGCAAGGGGAUUAUGUUGUUCAGUAUGCUCUAUUGAGAGAUUAUGUUCUAGAACUUCAAAAACAUAACCCAGACACGACUGUGAAGAUUGAUGUAGAGAGUGAACCAAAUCCUACUAAAGAAACUAGAACUUUCAUGUGCAUAUACAUCUGUCUUGGUCCUUUAAAAAGGGAUUUGCUACUGGAAGAAGAGACUUUCUUGGUCCGAUGGUGCUUUUAUGAAGGGUCCAUACCCAGGACAAGAAUUGAUGGUAAUAAUGGAACAUAUCCACUAGCUUAUAUUGUUGUGGAAUCUGAGAGUACCAACUCAUGGACUUGGUUUCUAACUUGUCUAGGGGAUGAUUUGGGUUUAGGAACCAACUCAAAUUUUACAUUUAUGACAGACAGACAAAAGUUUCAACGAUCAAUGGAGGAACUUAGAAAACUUAAUAAUGAUGCGUAUAAGUGGCUUAAAAACAUUCAUCCUCAGCAUUGGUCUCGUUCACACUUUACAGGUAGAGCUCAUACAGAUGUUAUGCUUAACAAUAUGUGUGAAUCUCUAAAUAGCAAGAUUGUUGAAGGUCGUGAUGUACCAAUCAUUACAUGUUUGGACUACAUUAGAGAGUACUUAAUGAAGAAAAUUGUAACUAUGCAAAAGGAAAUUGAUAAAGUUGUAGGUCCCUUGACUCCUACAGCUACCAUAUGGGUUGGAAAACUGAAGAAAGGGGAUACACAAUUAAGGUAUGUUUUUUGUGGGAAUGGGAAAUAUAAAGGACAGAAGGCUGGUGGUUCUCAGACUUCAAGGAAUAUUAGUGGAUCACAAACUUCAAAGAAUGUUGGUGCUGCUGGUUGUGCAAAAGUGAAGGCUGGAAGUGAAAAAGUGAAGGCUGGUGGAUCACAAACUUCAAGGAAUGUUGGUGGUGCUGGAAGUGCAAAAGUGAAGGAUAGAAGUGCAAAAGUGAAAGCUGGUGUUAGCAAAAAUGGGAAAGGUGUCCCAUAA